UUCCCUCCCGGGAAGUUGCCAGAACUAACUCUGGGCAGCACGGCCUCCUUCCGGCUUCUCCAAGUCCUUGCGGAAAACUUUAUUGACAAAGCCGCCGGAGAAUGGACAGUGGACACCGUGAGGCGCUGAAGCUGGGCUGGGUCGCGGCACUUGGGCCCACAGCUGAGAGCGAGGCUUUGCUUUGUGCCGCAGUGGCCGUUUGGUGCAUCCCUCCGACCCUUCACCCCGCCCCCCUUAUUUGAGCCGCGCCUCUUUCCCAUUACUGCUGAUUCCUCUUCUCAUUGUAUCCCCCACUUGAACAAACAAAAGUGUAUGUGAAAGUUUCCUUCGGAAAGGUGGAACGCAAGAGUAGGCCUUCCGAGACCUGAGCCUUGAACGGGCGCCUCGGCCCGAGCUCGGCUCCGCGUUGCGAAGACUAACACCUGCAGCCCCGCAAACAUUCGUAGAACACUUGCUGUCUUCCAGCCACAAGCCUGGACUCUGGAGAUGCAGGGAUGAGCAAUCCAGACACUGUCCCGCCCUCACAAAGCUCAGAUGUCUUCUGGGACAGGUUUGGAGACACAGGCAAAGGGAGAGAGACGGAGAGGAAUACUUGCAGAGCCAGCAGGGAGCCGGGCAGCUCCUUCCCAGACGUUGGAGACCCUCCGCCUCUCCAGAUGGAAAGGUGAUAGGACCUCAUGGGAGACCCCAGAACUGAGGCCCCAGGAUGACAGAACCUGAGGCCCUGGCCCUGCUGGAAGUGAAAGGGUCUGAGGCCCUGGAGAAGAGCCCACCCCAGGCGUUGGUCCCCGAUGGCCGGCAGCCAGAAGGGGAAGGUGAGGCUGAGUCCCAUGGAGCUGAGUCCGCCAAGGUGGGGUCUUCAGCUGGGUCUACCAUGGCCGGAGAGGGGGCUGAGGAUGGUCUCGACAGCACAGUGAGUGAGGCUGCCACCUUGCCCUGGGGGACUGGCCCCCAGCCCAGUGCCCCAUUCCCAGACCCGCCCGGGUGGCGGGACAUUGAGCCCGAGCCCCUCCAGUCAGAGCCACCCACCAAGCUAGAGGAGUUGUCCGAAGAUGAUGCCAACCUGCUGCCCGAGAAGGCGGCCCGGGCCUUCGUGCCCAUCGACCUCCAGUGCAUUGAGCGGCGGCCCCAGGAGGACCCGGUUGUACGCUGUGAGGCAGGCGAGGGAGAGCGCCGCCGGGCCUGCCUGCCGGCCCGGGCCACCCAGCCCGAGCCCUGUGAGCGCAAGUGGGCCGAGGCCGUGGUGAGGCCGCCUGGCCACUCCUGCGGGGGCUGUGGGAGCUGCGGAGGCCGUGAGGGGCUGAAGGCCGUGGCCUCAGUGGGAGCUGCCCUCAUUCUCUUCCCCUGCCUGCUAUAUGGGGCCUACGCCUUCCUGCCUUUCGACGCCCCGCGGCUGCCUACCAUGAGCUCCCGCCUCAUCUACACGCUGCGCUGCGGGGUCUUUGCCACCUUCCCCAUCAUACUGGGGCUGCUGGUGUACGGACUGAGCCUCUUGUGCUUCUCGGCCCUGCGGCCCUUUGGGGAGCCGCGGCGGGAGGUGGAGAUCCACCGGCGCUACGUGGCCCAGUCGGUCCAGCUCUUCAUCCUGUACUUCUUCAACCUGGCCGUGCUCUCCACCUACCUGCCCCAAGAGACCCUCAAACUGCUCCCUCUGCUCACUGGUCUCUUUGCCGUCUCCCGGCUGAUAUACUGGCUGACCUUCGCCGUGGGCCGCUCCUUCCGAGGCUUUGGCUACGGCCUCACGUUCCUGCCGCUGCUCUCCAUGCUGGUGUGGAACCUCUACUACAUGUUCGUGGUGGAGCCCGAGCGCAUGCUCACUGCUGCCGAGAGCCGCCUGGACUACCCCGACCACGCUCACUCUGCCUUGGACCACAGGCCUCGGCCCUGGGGCUGAGUACCCACCCCAGCCCUGGUGCCUCGGGGGAUGGAGCCCCAGUACUGCCCAACUGUCCCCUGCUUUCCCCCGAGUCCGAGUGGGCCUUUCACCUCGGGGGCCUGGGGCUGUCAGGGGAGAGGGUGUCUUGCAGGGAAAGAGGUGGACGGCCGUGUCCCUUAUACGUGCUGAGGACGGGGAGCCAGGACAGGGAGCAGGGGUGAGAUUCCUUCCUGAGCAGCCCCCGGCGGGUGCUGCCUCCGGGACCCACUGCGGCUGGCCUCUGCCCCACCCUCCAGCCUCCUGUGAGCCACAGCCAGACUGACCAUUUCUGUCCCCGGUCUGAGCAGAGGGCCGCAGGGAGACUGGAAAUACUGCCCGUGCCAAAGAUAAAGGCUGGGCAUCCGAUCGCGCAGGACUUGCACGUUUGGUGGAAACCUUCCUGGGGGCCUGGGUUCAGGACCCACCACCGCUGGCCCUCACAGGACCUUCAGCUUCAGUCCAGACGAUUAAAGCUGUCAUAGCCCA